AUGGGUAUUGAUGUUGGGGCCACGCCAGCAGGUGACAAACUUGAGAAAAAGCCUAUCAGCUGGGUUAAUCUAGCGGUUGGAGCUGGAUUAAACAUGUUCGAAGUCUCAACUCUCGGUCAGCCCUUUGAAGUGUUAAAAACACACUUGGCAGCAAAUCGAAAUGACAACAUUUUCGUUGCUGCCAAGAAAACCUAUCAGCGUGGAGGAAUUCUUGGAUUCUAUCAGGGAUUGAUUCCCUGGGCUUGGAUCGAAGCUUGCACGAAAGGUGCUGUUUUGAUUUUUACCGCAAGUGAAAUUGAAUACAGAGCAAGAGUCACUGGGGCAUCACCUUUUAUGUCCGGUAUUAUAGGCGGCAUGGGCGGUGGUCUAGCCCAAGCGUACACUACAAUGGGAUUCUGUACCUUUAUGAAGACGGUCGAGGUAACCCGUCAUAAAGCCCCUGCUGGAAAACAGGUAUCCACAAUUAAGAUCGCUAGGGACAUUCUUAAACGAGAAGGUAUCCGCGGGAUUAACAAAGGUGUUAAUGCAGUAGCGGUUAGACAAUGCACAAAUUGGGCUAGUAGAUUCGGUUUGACGAGGUUGAGCGAGACUCUAAUUAGAAGGGUUAGAGAUGGCGACACGCCUGAUUUCUCGAGACCAUUGUCGCCCCUCCAGAAGAUUUUGGCUAGUGCUCUUGGUGGUGGCUUAUCAUGUUGGAAUCAGCCUAUCGAGGUCAUCCGUGUUGAGAUGCAAUCCCAAGUAAAGGCUGCGGGUCGUCCAGAGAAAAUGUCAAUUCUUACUUGCGCCAAGUACAUCUAUCAGAACAAUGGCCUGAAGGGUUUCUAUCGUGGAGUCACGCCUAGAAUUGGUCUUGGUGUAUGGCAAACUGUCUGCAUGGUGUUUGGUGGUGAUGCUAUUAAGGCCAAAAUUGCGCAGAGGCAGAAAAUGAAGAUGGCCUAA